AGGCUGUUUGGCGUUACCGGGAACUGCGCAGCGUGCAGUAAGCUGAUUCCCGCCUUUGAGAUGGUGAUGCGGGCAAAGGACAAUGUGUACCACCUGGACUGCUUCGCUUGUCAGCUGUGUAAUCAAAGAUUUUGCGUUGGAGACAAAUUUUUCCUAAAGAACAACAUGAUUCUCUGCCAGACGGACUAUGAGGAAGGCUUAAUGAAGGAAGGUUACGUAGCGCAAGUGCGCUGAGCCAGAGACGCCGCCACUUCCCGAUAUAACGCACUGUGUUCUACGUGUAUAUAGGACGCUAGGAUCUGCAGUAUGUGUCAUUAUAGGAGAUCCUGGUGCCGGGGAAUAAAUGGGACUUACCUGGAUCUGUAUGUAGCCCAGUAACUUACCCCAGAUUGAAUGUUUCAUAAGAUCCUGUACAGACCGCCGGUUUCUUACGCUCAUUAUUCCUUUGUUUCGCUUGCUCGCGUUGAGUUUUGUCCUGCGGCAUGAGAACAUUAUUUUGGAUUACUACUGUACAUAAUGUAUUGUAAAAUUUAAGACACAAAUGUAAUACAGUUUUAUUGUGUUACUAUUUGUGUUGCUGUUCUUUCUUGUAAUUGUUGCAUUUAGUACAAUCAGUGUUUAAAUUAUAUAUAUAAAUCUAUUUCUGCUUUCUGUAUUUUUCAGCUAUUUUACAUGAGCUGUAACUUUCUAGUAAAAAGAAUUAAAGAGCAGGACAUGUUACUUCUAGAAA